CGAAAAUCAAUUUAUAUCAACAGCAUGCUCAGGCACAACAAGACAUCAGUACACUAGAGCAAUCUGUCUCAUCACCACCUCCGCAGGCAAAAUGCGACAUCCCACCACCGGAACAAUCUGUCUCAUCACCACGUCGCCGAGUAAGUAUGUUUUACAAAUGGUAUGCACAUCCUACGUAUGAACACUUCAAUAUUGUGCAAAAACUGAUGUCAACGAGCCGUAUGUAGGUAGUUGUAAUGCAAUUUAUUGUUCAUGUGGACGAAGAACUUUCUCAUGUUCCUCAAGCAUACCACAACAAGAAACCUGGUAUGACGACAGUAGUUGAACCUGGCAAGGUGGACUGGCAGAUAAUGGUGAAAAAUUUGCGUUACCAUGGGUACAAAGGGGAAGCAGAUUUGUACUACAUCAAGCCUGGGUGCGUACCACCUGAAGGAAUGGUACAGAUGUCAGGCCAGCAUGACGUCGAUGAAAUGUUGCACGCUUUAGAAGGGAUAAAGAAAUGUCAUUUGUACAUUGUGAAGAAUUGUGCAUUCUUAGAUAAUAGCGAUGAUGACAUGUCUGAACAGGACAUGUCCGAAGAAGACAUAUAUGCAUGUGGGUACAUGGAUAUCGGCGAGAGGGACUUGGGCGAAUAUGGGUCAUCGCCCAAAAGGAAGAAACUUGCAGAUAACAAUCCGAAGAAGGCAUUGGAUUUCGGCAGCAGUGACGAGCCUCUUCAGUAGGCUUUUGGUUUUUCUACAAUUUCAAGCUUUAUAGCUGAACUAUUGUCCCAAGUAGUUUUUUCAUUAUUUUCGAACCAACAAUCACUUCAUUGAAGUGACAAUUGUGAGACUAUGUUUACAAUAAUAGGCUUUCAACUUUGAGUUGUUGCUCAAUUUUUAGAUGAAAGGUUCCUUUGCUGCCCGCACACUUAAUUGUGGCUUUUACUAUUUUUGUAUUGCAUGUGCUGCACUAGUCCAAACCACUUUUAUGUUCAUAACGUCAAUUAAACGAGGGACUCCACUUGAAAUCAGUGGCGGAGCUUCAAAGAAAUCUUAGGAGGGGUGAAGCUACAUUUUCUAUGGUUCGAGGGACUCCAAGUAUGAUCUACAUCGACUCAUCUUCUUCCGCUGCAACUCGGAGUCGGUAACGAUCGCACUCAAACCGUUGAUGCAUCUUCAUGUUAUUCCUGGGCGGCACAACAGUCAAGCACAAGGGGGAGUGCGGCGCGGAUCACGGAGGAAGAUGGACAUCAAAGACAUCAAUACACGUGAUGAUCCAGUUAUCUCUACUAUUAAAAUCUACUGUUAAAGGCGAAUGUGUGCGUCAUUGUAUAUAUCUAGAUCCGAAAACGUGCAUAAUCAUAUGCCUGCCAACAUCACAUGUAAAAUGUAUAAUCUUAAACCUAUAUAAGCGAUGGCAUGCUCCAGCAAAUUGUAUUAUACAACAUCCUGAAAGCACAGUAUAGAAAAUCUGAUAGAAUAUGCCUCGACCCGUCCACAAAAACACAAAGUCGGCACUGUUCCCCACCUGCAGCCGAGCAAUCUGACAUCCUCAACACAGCAAACAUCUCACUUGCUAAACUAUCUGGACUGCAGAUCACUAAUUACAUAACAUUCUCACUAAUCCACAAUGAGAU